ACGGGGUGUUGUUGUCUUUUUCCAGGGCUGGUUGUCAAGCUUUUGUCCAGGAGAGAUGGCCGGGAUUAAAGCUCUGAUCAGCCUGUCUUUCGGUGGAGCCGUUGGCCUCAUGUUUCUCAUGCUAGGAUGUGCCCUUCCUGUGUAUGACAAAUAUUGGCCACUAUUCCUCCUUUUCUUCUAUAUCUUGUCUCCCAUCCCAUACUGCAUUUCACGGAGGAUAGUUGAUGACACAGACUCAGCCAGCAAUGCCUGCAAAGAGCUAGCCAUAUUCCUCACGACGGGCAUCGUGAUCUCAGCCUUCGGCCUGCCCAUCGUCUUUGCUAGAGCCCAAGUAAUCGCCUGGGGUGCGUGUGCGCUUGUGCUAACGGGUAACGCAGUCAUCUUCGGUACCAUCCUGGGCUUCUUCCUGGUCUUCGGCUCCAAUGAUGACUUCAGUUGGCAGCAGUGGUAAAAUGGCAUGAGGAGGGGUAGUCUGCGCCGUUUUUAUUAUUAGCGUUCAAUGAUUAUUGUUGUUAUAACUAUUUGGUUCUUGUUAUUUAUAUGGCCGCCCAUCGACAGACACACAAAACCAGUGCAAUACCUGUUUGUUUGUUUUUUUCCUUUCUUUAUAAUUGUCUGCAUCAUGUUGGACUCACACAAGUUGGAUGGAAAAGUUGACUUUCAUUUGGAUUUUUCAUAUGUAUAAUUUAGAUAUUUCCUUUUAAGGCUUCGCUGUUGUGAUUUAUCACUGUCUGCGUACAUUUGGGGUGUUUUAGGGUAAUUAGCAGUGAUCACAAUUGCUUGUUAUAAGUGAAAAUAUCCUUCUUUUUUUUAAAAUCCAACUGAAUGUCAAACAAGACUUGAAUUGACAGGGCCCAGAGCUGCCUGAUCUUUUUCCCUAUUGAGCAAUGUUCUGUGAAAAGAGCUGGGAGUUUUUUCCAGCGGACAUAAUCGUACAUGUUGGAAACCAAUACACUCUUCAAUGAGUCUUUCCUGAGCGAUGAAUCAAGACAACAGGAACCAUAUUACAAGGACAUUUUCAGGUCUCUUGGUUAGGAAUUGUCUUCUUUUUUUUUGUUGGAUACAUUACAGGACGAAUACAGGCAAUUAGUUUGCAUGUUUAACCAAGUUAUUUUUUCCCUCUCUCUCUCGACCACCCACAGAUGACAGUGUAUUGUCCUGUUGAUGUGUGUGUGAAGGAGUUAGGCUGUUGCUGUCAACACCCAAUGCUUCCUUAAUGUCAACACUUUUACCUUGGCAAAGGUGAUAUUGGUAUCUAGUUCGCUGGAUGGUUUUGUACAUAUUACAGGAAUCUUUUUGGGGGUUUUUUUCCGAUUUUUUUAAAAAUUAUUAUUUCUCAUCAUUUCUCAUAGAAGAUGAUUAUUUCCGUUUUGUUGAGUUCCUCAUCAACAUCUUUAAUGGAGAGGAUGUUGUGGCGCGGAGGGACCAAGAACUUGACUGUUUUAUUUUUACAUUAAACAAAGGGAAAAAUACGAAUGCGGCACGCACGAGUCACGACUUUUGUUUUUCCUUUUGGAAUCACAUUUUAUCCCUCCCCUCAUCACAGAGAUCAAAUUCAAAUGGCCCAUUAAUACCCAGGAGAGAAGUUUAUGCAGACAGUUCCAUGCCCUGUUCUGUCCAUUUAAGCAUUUUGCAUUGAUUUCUCUUACCUUGCUGUAAUGAUGGGCGGUCUUUGCCUUGCCUUGACCCAGCAGGAAAGGUUGAGAAAGCAUGAAAAGACAGAAGUAGCCAGCCAGUGAAGGGAUUAGGCCCCGAGAACAACAGCCCGAUGGGAAACUUGAGGCCAAUGCUACUAAUAACCAAGCCUCAGUCAAUUGAUGUUAACCCUUUAACUGUUAAGGUGAGGCUAUUUGGUUCUUGCUGCUUCAUUGGAAAACAAUCCAAAAAAUAUUGCAUUUGCUUCAAAAGUAAUAUUUAGACCAACCCCUAUCUCUAAAAUGACAUUUGGUCCAGGUUCAGAGCACCUACCAUAUGACGUCCUCAGGCCACCUUUAUUGUGUGGGUUGAAAAAAAAAAUAAAGCUCAUGGUUUUUUGAUUUCCACUUGAAGUUGCUAAUGGGUACUCUGGCUUCUGUGAGCGGUCUGUACACGGGCUUGUGUAAUUUGUGGUAUCUCUAGGCUCAGCAGCAAGCAAGUCAGGUGCAGCUUUACAGUUUGCUGUUGCAUGUAACUGUAUUAGUGUUAGCUAAGCAAGGUAUUAAGCAUCUGUCACCCCAUGUCAGUACACUGGUCUGUCACGUGGAGAGGGUGGAUAUUGUUUUUAGGUUUGUUUUGUUUGUUUUUUAUCGCCGUGUCAUGAAUGGUUCUGUUAUUUUUGUGAAUUAGUGGUCUCUUGGAAAGAAGAGUUCUGCUCCAAACUUGCACAUGUCCAUUUUAGUUGCUAGGGUGGGGAUCAUUACAAGGCAAAUCAUUCAAUAUUUCUGAAAUAAAAAGAUA